UCGAAUAAUAGAAAUCCAUUUUCAGCUAGUUUUCCUGCAUAAUGCAGGAAACGGAAGCCGCCACCCCAAAUUCCAGCCCCCAGGAUGAAGCGGAAACCGUCCGGGAGGCGACUCCCUCGCCACCAGGUCCCUCGGAAGAACAAUGGCGAGAGGCGAUCCGAGUGGCUGAGAAUUUGGAACGAAGCCGUCACGGAUUCAAACUUAGACUGGAGCGGUCUAAAACAAGCCGCAGCAGCCCGUACAGUACGAGCCGUCCAAAAGCGGCCUUGGUAUCGCAGUUCCUGAACGCCGCCAUGGUUAACAAUUCGGAAGUGCUGCAGAACAUGAUCGACAAGGGUUUCAGUCCGGAUACGAGGGAACCGACGUUCAAUCGCUCGGCUCUGCACAUUGCAUGCAGUCGUGGAUUUACGGAUACGGUUCGGCUGUUGCUGGAGAACGGUGCUAAUCCAAAUAUAAGAGAUCUAAAUGAGAAUACCCCACUACAUUUGGCUUCCUGUACGGAGAAUAUUACGAUCAUAGACUUACUGCUCAAGUAUGGGACGAAUGUGACGUUGAAGGAUUCGAAUGGACUGAUUGCACUGGAGAUUGCCAUCGGGAAGCUGCGGCUGUCGGAUAGGAUCAUAUCGAAGAUGCAGAGACUGACCAAGAGUGACAUUCAUACACACAGGAACAAUGUGGUGAAGGUUUGUCAGAUGAUUUUUGAGGUUUUUAAACAACAGGUGAGAAGCGGAAGCUUGCUGUAUCUGGAUCCGAGCCAAGCUGGCCACAUGCACCAGCGCCGACUGGAGGAAAUGCUGGAGGAGUUUGAGGAGCAGCUAAAUCGAAUCAAGGGAAGGAGUAUUGAUUUCGAUUCGAUCGUUGAUCAGGUGGAGAAUUUGAAUAUUAGGACCGAAAUCGAUAGCGAUGUCAAUUCGCUACUAUCCACGCUUCAAAAGUUGGCGGUUUGAAGAGGUCAAAAUUUGUGGAAGGCUAAUCGGUUUCAACAUUCCAAAGUGCGCACGCAAUUUUCAGUGGAUUCGUUUGAUGC